AUGUUGUCUUCAUCAUUCAAAUCAGAUAGCUUCAAGGGCCAAAGCCUUGAUAGCGACAGCUUCACCACCAAUUUUGACCAUGCUGCUGCUGGGCAUGACGGACUCCGGUGUCACCUAUCCGGCUCCUUAAUCGCCAAACCCUGCACACAUGAAGAAGUCGCAUUCUACGAAUCGAGUGUACACCAUCCUAAUUUCCAUGCUUUCAUGCCCCAGUAUCUGGGAACUCUGACAGCUUCAGAUAAGGAGCCGUCGCUUUCUAUACUUCCGGGUGCGCAAAAUCAUGGACGAUCAGUACUAUCGUCGCUAGUAACACCUCCCACAACCAACAGCUCACCUUCCCAUAAUCAUCGCCAUCAUCAUAAAAUAACUCCGGAAAAGGCAUGGACACCAUCGGGAGGGCGCAAGCUGGAUACUGGUAUUUCAAUUGUGCUGGAAAAUAUCGCCGAAGGGUUCAGACGACCGAAUGUGCUAGAUGUCAAACUUGGCUCUCGGCUAUGGGCAGAUGAUGCCCCUCCAGCGAAGCGUGCAAAACUGGAUGCCGUUUCAAGAGAGACAACUAGCUCUAGCUUAGGAUUCCGAAUUGCAGGUAUGAAAGUUUGGGUUGGCUAUGACAACAAGAAUGGAUCGACGAUAGAUGCCAUAGAAACGGAAUUCACCGAUCCAUACAUGACAAAAUAUGAAGGCUCAGAGGCGCCAAAAGGAGAGGUUGUCGAAAAGAAUGGAUACAAGCGUUACGAUAAAUGGUACGGACGAGCAUUUACUGCUAAUAAUGUCAAAGAAGGAUUCGAAACAUUCCUGGCGGGUGCUAAAGCUGGCAAAGUCGACCGUUCGAAACUUAUCGCGUCUCGAAUACUGCAGGAACUUCGAGCACUGAAGUUUGCAUUGGAGUCAGAAGAAAGCAGAAUGUACUCGUCUAGCAUUUUAGUGAUUUACGAAGGAGACCCGGAUGCACUGGAAGAGGCACUGAAAUUCGAGGAGACCCAAAAAGAGCUAGAGACUAGAUCUUUUUCUGAAACUGGGACAGAGCCAUUGGAUGAUAUCACAGAGUUUGACAUUACCGAGCUCGGUUCCCUGCAGCCCAUGGAUAUCGCCAAUGGUAUUGCGAAUGGCGAAACCAAAGCCCACAUCUCCGGAGCGUUCAACAUACAGAACAUCCAGAAUAUCCAGAGCAUCCAAAAUAUCCAAAUAGUCCCGGAAUCACUCGAAAAUAUGGAAGGUAGUGAAGUCUCCAGUGAGGAAGAAGUUCCUAUCAAGGUGCACGAUUUCCGCUUAAUCGAUUUUGCGCAUGCGAAUUGGACUCCGGGCCAAGGACCCGACGAAAACACAUUGAUAGGAAUCAGAAACCUGAUCAAAAUCAUGGAAGAACUCGCUGGUGAAAACGAAUCAUAG